AUGCGCUUCACCGGACUCACUUCCCUCCUCAUAGUUGCCCUCAUGGUAGCUGUGGGCAUGGCAGGCAAGCCUGAACAAAUCCCUAAUGAAUGCUGGGGCAAGUGCAGCAAAGAGUGCAUCGCCUGGGUCGUUCCCUUCUUCAUUCUGUUCCCCAGGUUCAUUGAUUGCCGCAAACAAUGCAUCAUCGGAAUGUAUCACCCUGAGUGUCGUGAGAUGUUGAAGAAUGUCAAGAUCGGCCAGUAA